CUUUUGUAUUUGUAUCAACAAAUUGCUGUUUAAUAUUUACAAUUUAACAAUGGAGCUGCCGCUUUCCGACUUUAAUUUGCGUGAUUUGGUGCGAGAGUUAUGCGGGCGUAACCUGAGCACUGAAGGCACAAAGAUUGAGCUGCAAAAUCGCCUGAUGGAAGCGCGCAACGAAGAAGCCGACGCACAGGCACAGGGAUUCAUAAGGCCAGGCAGAGCUCCAAUCUCUAAAUUUGGCGUAUCCGUGCAGCCAGACGACUUUGCUGAAAUAAAAAGCAUGAACGAUAACGAAUAUGAUGUGUUCUCAGGAAAGGUGCGCUGGCGGCUGCGACGCGUGCACAGGGCUUUCAAUAACGAUGGCCUCGAGUAUUAUAAUCCAGAUGUGCUGCAUCGCAUCGAUCGUUCAAAUACAUAUUCCCUAAAUGUGGGCGAGCAUUGGGUGCGAAAGGAACCGUAUAUACAUAAGAUCUUUGUUAUAUUUGUGUCACGCACUAAUGAGGAUGAACAGCGUCUUUGCUAUGCACGCAGCAUGGCCAGAGCACGCAAAAGAAAUAUGACUGCGGAGGAAUUGCAGCAGCCCUUAAUUACUAAGGAGGAUGUUUGUCGUGUCAUGGUUAAUAUAAUGCUUGAAAUUGAGGGCAACAGCAUGCAAAACUUUGUUGCCAUAGUUGCUGCCAAGAACAAACUGAACAUGGCUGCGUUUAAAGAAUUGUUCAUGGUUAGCGGAUCAGAGCUGCCGCAAAUUGUUAAUGACACAUGUCACCUGAGCAAGGUGUUCCAAAGUAUGUUCUGUGCCAAGUCUGCGCAAUGUCUGGCGCGCAUGGAGUAUGAGCUGUUUCAUCAAAGCACCUACAUGGAUCAGCUGCAAAGGCUCAGUCAGAACUUUGCACAAAAUGUCGAUGCUCAGGCGCUGUUUAGACUUUAUAUAUCUUCGAUACCAACUGUUUUGGUGGAUAUGUGGAAAACGGAGGAACAUCAUGACAGGCCUAUAUGCUUAGGGCUGCUAAAUAACGAUAGAUUAAAUUGUUAUUGCGCUCAAGUGCAGAAUGAAGUGCCGCCCAUAUCGUUAGAGGAUUGUACAGCAGGCGGCGGUUUGCUGCAAUUGAUAAUGUUCGAUGCAUUGUGGUGUCUUGCCGAUGGUUAUGAGGCGGAGGAGAUAUAUGUCUAACAAUAAGUUACAAAGAAGUAAGUCAAGUUCACUUUACUUCUUUGAUAGUUCUAAGAUAUGAUCUUGAAAUGCAAAUGAGGUAACACCUCAACGCUCUCGAUUAAAAAGACAAUCAGCAUGACGGCAAAUGUUGAU